AUGGGAGGUCCUCCCAAACCAGGGUACCUUAUCAAAAACUUCAGAAAGGCUCUGGACGCUUGUAAACUUUGGGAGAUUGUGUUUGAAGGUAGUGAUUACACGUGGUGUAAUGGGAGGAAGAAUAAUCUCAUUUUCGAAAGACUUGAUCGAGUUUGUGGUAACUCGAAUUGGUUUGACAUGUUUCCCUUUGCUCAAGUGAGUCAUUUAGAGCGAACCAACUCGGACCAUUGUCCCCUUCUUCUCACGGCAAGUGGAUCUUCUCCUAUGACAACGAAUAAGAUUAGAUGGGGAACUCAAUUUCAUUUUGAAAGUGCCUGGGCAGAUGAUGAAGAUUGCACAAGGAUAGUCAACUCGGCUUGGCAACACAAUAAUCCAAUUAUGACCACUAGGGAACUGAAAGAUAAGUUAGGCAGAUGUGGGGAGGCUCUUCAAAAGUGGAAUAGAGUAAAGUGGAAGGAAAUGACAAAGCAGUUGAAUGAAUAUGCAGAUAAAAUUUAA